AGUAACGCCAGGCAACCAAAUGCAAUCAAAGAAGAAUAGUCAAUUUCCAAAAAUAUGGCCGUCAAAAUACCCUUGGCUAAAGCACGACAGUGAAAGAGACGUAAUGUACUGUGCUUUGUGUCGGAAACACAAUGUGGAUUUAGGGGAAAGCACACACAAUUUUUGUUCUGGGACUGAUGAUUUUCGACUUGACUUAGUCAACAUACACCACAACAGUGAAGCUCAUGCCUGGGCUAACUGUAUGGAAGCAGCCAGUGGUUCUACCCCAGACACAGCUACCACCGAGCAGAUGUUAAAGAGCAUGAGUAAAGAGACCAUAGGGAGAAUAGAAAAUCUCUUUAGGACAUGCCAUGCCAUUGCCAAAACUGGGCGCCCCUUCACCGAUCUGGACUGGAUGUGCAAACUGGAUGAUAUGAAGGGGGUCAAUAUCGGUUCUGUAUUCAGAAAUGACAAGGCAGCAAGAAUCUUUAUUCACUUUAUUGCCGAAGUGGAGCGGAGGACCUUGAAAGAGAAGCUAGAAAAAUGCAAGUUCUUCUCACUCAUUAGUGAUGGCAUUACAGACAAUGCAGUCACAGAACCUGCCUUGGUUUAUGUACGCUUUGCAUUACAAGGGAAAGUCCAUUGCCAGAUGGUUGGGGUUCAAUCUGUGGACCAAUAUGAUGCUUCAGCUGUGAAAAAUGCCAUUUUGAAAACAUUACAGACCAAUCUGCAGCUCAACUUGCCAAGCCAAGACUGGGCAAGGAAACUAGUUGGCUUUGGAAGCAAUGGUGCAGAUGUUAUGGUUGGACAAAACAAUGGGGUGGCUAAACUCUUGAAGGAGAUCCAGCCCUGUGUUCAGAGUGUGCACUGCCUUGUGCAUCGCCUUGAAAUGACUUACAAAGCAGCACUAAAGAGCAUUCAGCCAUUCACUCUUCUAACAGGUCUCUUGCAAAAUAUGUACUAUUUUUAUCAUAACUCCCCACUGAAUAAAAGCAAUCUCAAGCUAGCAUAUGAAGCUCUCAGACUGAGACCAGCUAUUCCUUCUCGAAUUGCUGGCUCCCGAUGGCUUCCCUGCCUACAGACGGCCCUUCAGACUCUUCUUAAAGGAUACCCUGCAAUUGUCUUACACAUGAGUAAGAUACAAGAAGAGCCAUGUUCCUUAAAUCACCAGAAAGCCAAAGAUCUCCUAAAUCUACUUCAGCAAAUGGAGAUUGUUAAGUUUUCCCACUUCUUGAUGGAUGUCAUUAAUGUCCUCAACAUUCUAUCUCGCGUGGUGCAGGAUCAAAAUUCUUCCAUCGCAGAUGUAUUUGCAACCAUUCAAUCAACAAUGGAAAUACUCAAAAUGUAUCAAACAAGAUUGGGGCCAAGGGAGCGUCUGGUGGACACUAUCUCACACUUUCAUGGUCACCACCUUGUAGGAAAUGGCGAUAUAUCGGCUGUCCGGCUGGCAUUAUUGAGCAACCUUUUAAAGCAGCUACGUGAUUGUUUUUGUGACGCUAGUGAAGAAGUACUGAGAGCAAGCACUAUUGGAAGUUUUAAGCUGUGGCCAGACAAAAUCAAAGAAGAAUUUGGUGAGACAGAAGUGACUGUCUUGACUAAGUAUUAUGAGCCGGUUCUAGAAUGUGCCAGUGUGAAGGUGGAUGAAGUUGAGACCGAGUGGAACAUGCUGAAAGCAGAACUAUAUAAUAGAUAUCAAAGCAUCCGGAGCUUAACAUGGGAUUCAGUGAACACGGAUUAUUUUCAUAAGUAUCCAAACAUCCUGACACUGGUAGAUCUGGUCCUGACGCUGCCGGCAAGUUCAGAGGAGGCAGCACGUGGCUUUGGUCAAAUGAAGCUGACUAUGAUGCAUCUACGUUCAAAGCUAAUGUUGGAAAGUGUGACGGACCUCAUGGUCAUUCAGAUGAAUUCUCCAGAUAUCAACCAGUUUGACCCCAAAAAGGCAAUUCAGUUGUGGAAUAUUUCCUUGCAGAGGAAGAGAAGACUCCAGGUGGGUCAGUGGGCAGUUCACCGUGAGAAAUCAGGUUGUUCAUCAGACUCAGAGUGGGAAAGGGAAAGUUCAUUCGGAAGUGAUUAAAUUAUGCUCCUUUAUGUCUUCACAAACAUGCCCCCUUUUGUCUGCACAAGCCAUUUUAGUAUGGGCAUGAAGAACUUCUAGCAACACUACCCUUCUGCUGUCUGCAUAGGAGAAACAGGCCAGUCUCCACACAAAUGAAAAAGUCAACACUCAACACAUAUCCAACAUAAAAAUACAACAAAAAGAUGAAGAAAUCAAUGAGAGAAUAUUUCACUCUCUGAGAAUGCUCUGUUACUGAUCUGAAAGUCACCAUUUUACAAUGAAGGAACUUCAGAGGAAAAUGCCACCAUGAAAAUGGAUGGCGGCAAUCUAAGAAUUGACUUAGCAUAUCAAGGAAGGCUGCUUUAUCGACUAUUACUGCUGUUUGUUGUGAAUUUUCACUGUACUGAUCUCUUACCUUUUAGCUUUAUGUAGUAAUAGUCUUCUGCUACUACGAUGACGACGAAUAUUUAUAUACUGCUUAUCAACAAAAGUU